AUGCUACUCUUGCUCUGCAAGACUUGGCUGACUUUGAAAUAAAUGAAAAUGAUGAAUUAAUCGUAGACCUAACAACAAAUUUAUCAGACCUAACAAUUGAACGUGAAAUAAAUAACUUUAACAAUUUAAAUAAUUCUAAAGUACUUACAGAGGAUGUUCUUGAUGAAAUGCAAAUUGUGAAUAUUAUGUUAGAUGAACAACGAGAAUAUGAAGAAGGUGAUGCCAGUGAUACUGAUAAGGAGCCACCUGAA